CAUCUAGCCUUUAUACAUAUCUAUGGUUAAAAGCACCAGGGUUGUUCCAGCGGACGACUUCUUCUAUCCUCUUCUUUAUGUUUGUUUUUGACUUUAUUGCUCGCGUCGCCCCGUGGUGGUAAAAAAAAUAGUGCAACAGCGAGCGCGUCAACUAUAAACGCCUCGUCCGUUUGGUGAGACGCGCGCGCGAUCCGCGGAGGCUUGCGUUGCGGACCAAAGCGCGACCAUAAACAAGGCUUUAGUAAACAUAGCUGUAUACUUUCGGCUUUACAUCCAGCCGCAGCCGAUGUCGAAAACACCUUUAGUGAAACACUUCGAGGCUUCGUUUGGUCAUAGUCACGUGACAUGGGUGUUUUGAAUCACGCUUCGAAUCAGUGUUUCGUCACAUCUGCGCUUCGGUAUCUCGUAAAGCUUCGAAACGACUGUUUCGCGUCAGCCAUCCCUAGCAUGUGGUUGCUCGUUGCUGGAAGGACAAAGUGUUGUCUAUUCUAUGUGUGUGCAUUUUAGAAAUUGUUGCCAGUUAAUACUGGUGGUAAAGGGUGAACACUGAAAGACCUAUCGGCUGCAGUGGAUUGUGCUAAACGCGAGGCUGCAGCAACUCUCUGUUGGGUCUGGUACGCAGUAAAAGAAAUUGCUAAAUGAUAUGAUGGAAGUGAAUAAGGACAGCCAAGCUGAAAUGAAUGAACCGGAUAAGAAACAUCAGAAUGUAAAAACAAAAUGUAAUGCUUCACAGAAAGAAACUCUGAAGACAGAAGACAAAAAAUGUGAGAAGAGUUUCAGUAAAGAUGCACGCCCUGUGGAUCACAAGAUGACUCAAAAUGGAGAGAAACCAUUCACAUGUGAACACUGUGGAAAACACUUCACCCAAAAAUCAACAUUUACAAUCCACAUGAGAGUUCACACUGGAGAGAAACCUUACAAAUGCAGUCAGUGUGAGAAAAGUUUUUCCUAUAAAAACGUCCUUAAAGGACACAUGAGGGUUCACACUGGAGAGAAACCUUACACGUGUAAACAGUGUGGUAAAAGUUUCACUCAUCAAUCAGGUUUUGAUAACCACAUGAAAAUUCACACCGGAGAGAAACCUUACAAAUGCAGUCAGUGUGAAAAGAGUUUUCGCUCCAGAAGUUAUCUGAAGGAACACAUGAGAGUUCACACCGGAGAGAAACCUUUUCCAUGCCGGCAUUGUGAAAAGAGUUUCCUAAAUGCAAAACAACUUAACAGACACAUGAGAGUUCACACCGGAGAAAAACCUUUUGAAUGUCAUCAAUGCGGAAAGUUUUUCAGAUGUUGUAGUAACCUUAUUUCACACAUGAGAGUUCACACUGGAGAGAAACCGUUCAUGUGUCAACAGUGUGGAAAGACUUUUGCCCCCAAAAAAAGCCUUGACAUACACAUGAAAAUUCACACUGGAGAGAGACCAUUCCCAUGUCAUCAUUGUGAAAAGAGAUUCACGUGUAAGGGUCAUCUUACGACACACAUGAGAAUUCACACUGGAGAGAAACCGUACAAGUGCCAUCACUGCGAGAAGAGUUUUACAACCAGUGGUAGGCUUAAGGAACACAUAAGAGUUCAUACCGGAGAGAAACCAUUCAUGUGUCAACAGUGUGAAAAGUGUUUUUCAGGAACAAGCCAACUUAAAAGACACAUGAGAGUUCACACUGGAGAGAAACCAUUCAAAUGUGAACUGUGUGAAAAAAGUUUUAGAAAUACAAAUACCCGUAAGAUACACAUGAGAGUUCACACCGGAGAGAAACCAUACACGUGUCAACAGUGUGGAACGAGUCAUAGGGGUCUAUCAGGAUUCAAGAGGCACAUGAAAAUUCACACUGGUGAGAAACCAUACGGAUGUCAUGAUUGUGAAAAGAGUUUUCACGAAGCAUUUGAACUUAAGAGUCACAUGAAAAUUCACACUGGAGAGAAACCAUUCACAUGCAGUCAGUGUGGAAAACUUUUCAGAGAUGAAAGUAAUCUUAAGAUACACGCAAGAAUUCACACUGGAGAGAAACUGUUCGCUUGUCACCAGUGUGGAAAAAAAUUCACACGUGAAGGUGCUCUUAAUGCACACAUGAAAAUUCACACCGGAGAGAAACCGUUCACGUGUCCACACUGUGGAAAGAGUUUUGCCAAAAAAUCAGCGUUUACAGUCCACAUGAGAAUUCACACUGGAGAGAGAUCAUUUGUAUGUCAACAUUGUGAAAAGAGUUUCUCGUGUAAGGGUCAUCUUAAAAGACACGUGAGAAUUCACACUGGAGAGAAACCGUACAAGUGCCAUCACUGCGAGAAGAGUUUUACAACCAGUGGUUACCUUAAUGAACACAUAAGAGUUCAUACCGGAGAGAAACCAUUCAAAUGUGAACUGUGUGAAAAAAGUUUUAGAAAUACAAAUAGCCGUAAGAUACACAUGAGAGUUCACACUGGAGAGAAACCAUACACGUGUCAACAGUGUGGAACGAGUUUCAGCAAUCUAUCAGGACUCAAGAGGCACAUGAAAAUUCACACUGGAGAGAAAGCCCAUUCACAUGCAGUCAGCAUUUCAGAGAUGGAAGUAAACUUAAGAUACAUGCAAGAAUUCACACUGGAGAGAAACCGUUCCCUUGUCACCAGUGUGGAAAAAAAUUCACAAGUGAAGACACUCUCUUAAAGGCCCACGAUGUUUGAAAGCCAAUGUUGAUAUUUGAAAUCACCUAAACAAACACGCCCCUACCCCAAUAGAAUCUGAACCUUCUGUUGAUAGACCCGCCCCACACAUACGCAACCCAGCAAGGAUCUCGGUUAGUAGACACGCUCCUUACUGCUGAUUGGCUAUAAGUGUGUUUUGGUAGUCGGCCCGUCUCCUUUUCCAAAGCGUUUUUCAAACAUCGUGGACUCUGCCUUUAAGAUUCACAUGAAAAGGUACACUGGAGAGAAACCAUUCACGUUCAACACUGUGGGAAGUGUUUUACAUGGAAAUGUAGUUUCAGAAUUCAUCAGCGCUCUCACUCUGGAGAAAAGACAUUUAAAUGUGAUGAGUGCAGUAAAAAGUUUAAAUCCUCAUCACAUCUGAAGAGACACAUGAGUGUUCAUGCAAAGGUGAAAUCUUAAUUUUGUACUGCUUGUUUUAAAGUGUUCAUGUCGGUAAUAGCCUGCAUGUUGGUUUGAGAUCUCGAUUUGCUUUGAGUGUGGUGAAACUUUGAGAAAAUGUUUGGGUUUUGUAUGCCCCCAGACCCCCUUCACAUUUUUAUUCUUAUAUUUUGCCAAUUUUGUGAUCUUUAAUGUUGAUUAUUCCAGAAAGCUGGUUAUGUGACAUACUCGGAUAUGUUUGAAAUAAAAAACGUGUUUAUGUAUAAUGUGUGGGCACAUUAACUAUCAGUUACCAGUAGGAGGUUGAUUAAACUAACUCUUGUCAAGUGUUUUGGAACCAACACGAUCAGGGUAAUCAGGUUUUGGGUUAAUCAAUUGAAAGUUCAGGGUUUCGUUGAUGGUAAAUUACCCCCACUUUCUUAAAGGGACUAAGUAGGAUUUUAAGUGUUUUAUGAAUUAAAAUCAAUGUCUUUAUUCAUAAAUAUGUCCUUGUUCGUGUCAAAUGACCUCUGCCAGUGAUCUGACUUUUCUUUGUAAGCUUAGAAUUUCUUCUCUUUACUUACAUUGAACGGGUAAGUUCAAGGAGGCUUCCAUGUCGUUCUGCCGUAUUACUAAACUAUAAUAGCAGAGAGGGACAAAAAGUACUAGCCUACCAACGCGUUUUCAUUCAAAACAUGUGAACCAGCUGAAACGGACAAGGAGAUCAGUGAUUAUAUAACGGCUACCGUAGUUGCAACACGCAUGUGAAAAAAGUGAGGCGCUAGAGAGCACAAUUUGUUUGAAUGCAAAAUACAUUUUUACCACUAGAUUGGGGGGGGGGGAAUCCUACUUAUUGUCCCUUUAAAUACACCGUAGUAAUAAAUGUUUUGGCUACAAAAAUAAUUUAUGCAUGCUGACUGUAUGUUUGGUACCUCAGGUGAACACAAUCCUAAUUUUUAAGUACUAACAAAUACAGUGUUAUCCUUUACACUCCCUUGAUAUGUAAACAAACUUAUUCAUUAUUCAUUUGAAUGUAGAUAGUUGUAUUUAAACAAUCUUUUGUUUUCAUAGUUUUAAUUUGUACAUGUCAAAUUUUUCCUGUUAUCUUUUUAAAGUAAAUCUGCUCAUUGUUUAAUUACUGUUUUUACGGUCUCAACUCCUUCCCUGAUUUAUCAAAGAUAUGUCUGUUAUUUUGUUUAACUUGUUCAUGGUUUUCUCAUUGAUUUGUCUCAGAUUACAUAAAAAUACCCAUUUAGAUUCAAAACCUCUGACUUCCUUGUCUCUUAAAGUUGAUAGAUAUGUAGAUCUGAGUUGAAACAUCCAUUUGUGUUUUUUUAGGGCUGUCAAAAGAUUAAUUGCAUUGAAGGAUCCUACUUUAGAUCCUCACGUGCAUGCAGAAUGUUUUUAUUAUUGUGUUUUUUAUAUUUAAUCAUUUAUUUACAUCAAGGGCGUAGGUUUGAUUCUGGCAUUGGUGGGGACAUAAAUAAAAUGGUCGCAUUGCAAAAACUGUUUAUCACCGUUUACUUGACAUAAACAACAGACAACUCAGUAUGCACUUUACUCAGUGACAUCUGACUCGCCACCCCCGGUGCCAUCCCAAAGUUAAUGUACUAUAAUAAACAAUUCGUUAUGUCCUAGAGCCUAAUAAACAGUAGCUGUUUAAGUCUUUGUCAAAAAAAAGAAAAUCACAUUGUAACAUAUAUGAAUCCAUAUUAACUUUAUAACAUUGAAGAAUAUGCAAUUAAUAUUUAAUUCUUAAUUUAAUUUUGCCAAAAAAUCCCAGUGUUGAAGUAGGUAUAUAUAUCAUGCUGUUUCCUGAACACAGUUUAUUAACGUUUCUGUAGUUCACAUUAAAUCUCCUUUUCAUUAACAGACAGUUAAUCAGUGUGAAAAAAAUAGUUUAAGUUUAAAAUGCAACAUUAUGUCUACAUCUGUGCAAGUAAUGACCACAGUGCAGUAAUGAAAGUAUUCAGCAAUCAUGACAUGAAUUCAUGUUUUUACCAUGUUGGGGUUAUUUUCUUUCAUGGAUUAGGGACCCUCUAAAUAACCUUGCCACCCCAUUUAUAAAAGGUUGACAAAAGUUUGCAACUCCUCAGGGUUAACAUAGGAUUGUCGUGUAUUGGUGAAAACACUGUCCUUGAAUCAUUAUGUGGCACAACUUUUUUUGCAUGAAACAGUUACAGUGGGUAUAAUAAUACUUUCUUCCUCACUUACCUGUAGCCCGAAUAAUCACGCGCGUCUUGUUGAGUGAACUUUGGCGCGUUGUACAAAGUGAAACCAUCCUAUCACACGUAGCGAGUAAAGACAAGCCCAUCAAAAAGUGAUGUGCGUUAGAGAGGCGGGACUCAAGAAUGCUAAUCCAAUCAUAUUAGCAAUGUGCGUUAGAGAGGCGGGACUAAAGAAAUGCAAAGCCAAUCAUAUUAGCGAUGUGACUUACGGAGGCGGGCAUUGCAGAGAACGAAAGCUGUUAACCGUUUGUGUACCACAUAGAGCGUUAUUUUUACAGAACGGGAUUGCAAAUGAUUUCUAAUCUAAUUUAAAUGAUUUCUGACAAAAAUAUAAUAAGUAAAAAAUAGAAAACACAAGAACAAGACGGACAUUAGUGGUUAUAUAUGAAUACAGAUUAAUUGUUUGGUCGAAAUUAUUGCUAGGGACAAUUCAGUCUUCUCUGAAUAUUGGUAGGGACAUGUCCCUAGCGUCCCACCCUAAAUCUACGC